CUAACAUUAAAAUUCACAUCAACCACACCACUCAUUCCAAAUUUCAUCAUUUAAAUACACCUUCCAAAUGGCCCCAGGGGCCAUCAAUGCAAAAAAUCUUUCAUAAUUCCUAAAUAAUCCAAACUUCUCUCGAAGAGAGUAUCCAAGCGUAUAGGCAAACCAGUUUCUCGAUUCCAGCAAGUAACAGUGACUGACGCUUUGGCUUUUGCUAAUCGCCACUAAUUUCUAGUAUAAUUUCUCAACGUACAGCUACUAAACAUUACUUGCUCUUUCGUACAGCUAAAUUUUCACAGAAAGUGAGCAACAAUUACAGCAGGCAAGUAGUUAGCAGCCUAAACGAUCUUUGAGGGGGAACUGGAAAAGGUUUUUAAGUACCCAGAAAGGGAGGAGGGAAGCAAUUAUGCCAUCAGGUUCUAAGAAGAGAAAAACUGCUAAGAAAAAUAAGGAACAAGCAGCCAAAAAUGAAAAUUCAUCAACUAAUAACAAUCCACAUGGAAAUGAUGACAGCAAAAGCCAAGAUGAAGGGGACACUUAUGGUGGUGAUGUUGGUUCCCCUGCAUCUCAGGAUGACCAUGGUCACCACCAUCGGUUCAAUCACCGUGAAGAAGAAAGGGAAAGAGCGCCAUCGCCUGUUGAAUCGCAUGUAACCAUGGAGAAGUAUGUGGAUAAAGUCACUAGAGAUGCAGAAAGCAGAGAGAAAUGUGGAUUGGAUGAUGUCGAGAACACGCAUGUUGCUAUUCAGCAUGUUGAGCAUGAUAAGAUUUCUAGCUGCACCAGUAGUUCAGAUGACGAAUCUCGAGCCUCUAAGAAGAAGUCAAGGGAAGAAGCCUAUGUUUUUGGUACCGUCAUGUCUGCAGAAGCUCUGAAAGUUGCUGGAGAUGAAACUCAUGGUACUGAAAUUUCCACGGACAAAUCCGGGUUGAAUGAAAGUGAAGUGAAGUUAUUGCUCUCAUCAGAUGGGAUUUCAAGGGUUGAAUUGGAAGGAAAUGAAGGACAAGUUUUCUCAUACUCGAGCUCUCCACCUGCUGAAGCUAGUAACGUUACGGAAAAAACCCAAGAUUCCGAGCCCCGUGAUCAUUCUAAAAAGCAGCCCCUUGUUGCUUCAACUCCACCGACAGUGCAAACAACCUCGUUCUUAAGUUGCUGUGGAUUGUUCGAUGUUCUUACCGGUUCAGGGAGAUAAUUACAGGUUCAGGUUAACCUUUGAGUAAAAGAAAAAACUAUAUUAUGCUUUCCCUUGUAGUUGGUAGCUCAUAUCCUUUGUGCUUUCGUGGGUGGAUGAGAAUUCUAGGACUAGAAACCGCAACUCGAGACCUGAAAUUAUUGCUUGUCGGCUACCUGUUAUUCUUUCACAAUCUCAUUGGCCUUUUUUCUUUCUUUCCUUAUGGCUUCAUUGCUUAAACUAACCCCCAAUUGGUUUCUGGUUCAUCCUGAUACAUUAUUAUAAGUUAACAGCAUAUUCAGUGACCAAAAUAAUACAACUCGAAGCAACCUCGUUCUGUAAUAUUAUUUUGGUUAUGUAUACAUUUCUUGUUCAUAUACACACAUAUAUGUCUGAUAUGUUCUGUGAUUUCCUAUUUAAUGCAGAACCGUUUUUUCAUGGUGAUUUGAUAGACAAA